AUGGGCAUCCUAGCAUGGAACGACAUCACCGAAAGCAAAGCCCUCCUCGAAGCACAAGGCAUGUACUUCGAAGGGCCGAACCGCUACGACUUCAGCCCGGGCAUCUACAUCGCCGUCAUCCUGAACUACCUCACAGACCACCGCAACAUUAGAGACAUGCUGCGCGACGCCCUGGAGAUCCUGGACGCGCGCCUCCAGAGCAGGAUCUUCCGCAACCCGCAACGCCCGGUUCCAGGUCGCAGGGCCCUCUGGUUCAAGCUCGAGCCCCGCAACCGUGAUGCGCCACCUAGCCCUCUCCCCAGACCCGAGAAUGCCUACCGGGCCGUGUAUGGCCUGGUGCUGCGGCUCAAGCGGAGCAUCGGUAGGGAUAUUGCGCUGCCGUUACGGUGGCGGCAGCUGAAGAUCUUCUGGAGGGAGAUUAGCCCGGCGGAGGAGCUUCCGUCGGUGGUGGUGCAUGACCCUGCGUUGCUGGAGGGUCCGGCACCGCAAGAGGGAGCAGCGGAGGGUGAAGGGCGGGUCAUCACGGAGGUGGAGGCUGAAGGAUUGGAAAACCAAGAAGAGGAGUCGGUUGCUCAGAAUUGA